GUUUUCUCAUACGAGGAAAAUGCACCAGUGAACCAGUUGGGAUUGCAGUUUGACCCUCUUACAUAUCAGGCUUGUGGCUAGUCAAGUGCCUCCCCCGUGAUGGCUGCUUUCUUAUCCCCGCGUUCUGCUUGCAUGUUGGCACUUGGCCUGAAUCAAGCAAGCUGUUAAUAUUAGUUUGGGAGGGGGUUAGGCUCAAUACUGAUACAGCUGUUCGUUCAUGCGUACAGUAUGUAGAUAAACAUGAUCCACGGAUAUUCAACCCCGCCUAAACGAGAAAUGCUAUGCGUUUUCUUAUCAUGCCAAUAUAAGCACUAAUACCCACCAGCAGAAGUUGUCAAUUGAGAUGGGCUACAAGCACUCAAUCAUCAUCAUCAUCAUCUAGUUGAGGGAGAAUUGCUCGACACUAUUCCAUGGAGAAGAGGACAACACAAGCGGAACAACAACAACAACAACAACAACAACAACAACAACAACAACAACAACGGAAGACUAGGCGUACUGCAAAUGCUUGUGCCGCAUGCCGUUCAAGUAAGAUCAAAUGUUCUGGAGAUUGUCCAUGUCAGAAUUGUCAGAGACGCUCUAUCCGAUGCCAUUUCAGUGAUGGGGGGACUAGGGUCACUGUAUCAGAGAGGUAUCUGCAAGAUUUACAGAAGCAGGUAGAAGAACAGCAACAACGGCCUGCAACUGUCGGCUCCCAACACUCUAACUCGCCAGGCGCCUCUCACCCUUCGGCAGUCCAGAGUGUUUCACAGCUUUAUAACGCAUCGCCAACAUCGCCGGCGUUGAACCGCGAUAGGCAACCGCCCGCCAACUUUCCACAAUUUGAGACUUCGUUCGGCAGCAUCUUCAGUCAGAGUAGCAUGAGAACAUCUAUUAGCCAGGCCAAUAGUGCUAAGGUUAGGUCUAGCGCGGCCACUGGGCUCGUUUCCCCUGAGUCUAACAUUGGCCUCCCUGCCCGACAGCAGAGUGUAUCAGGCCUGGUAACAUCGCCUAUCCAGCCUUGUGAUGGCACACAACAUCAGCAUGACAUCUUAUCAUGCGCGUUCUCGGUACCUUCUAUGGUCAUCCAGGUUCCAAAGCCUUCUCAUAAACGCGGGUGGAUAUGGCUAGCUCCUUGGUCAACCUGGUCGUUCACACUCCGGCUAAUGGCUAUGCUGCGGGAAAAGCUUCACCCAGACGACCCUUCAGUACCCGCCGACUUGGUAAGCCCCAAUGUCUAUAGCUGGAACUGGAAGACGUCGGCCAACAGCGAUCUUCCUGAUAUUGGCGGUCUGCCCUCGGAAGCUCAUGCGAUUUACCUAUUUAAUGCUGUGAAAUUUCAUCUUGAUCAGACGUAUCGCCUUUUUGAUGACGAGUUUGAGGAUCAGAUACACCAGUUCUAUGCCAACCCUCUUCAAACUGCCGGAGAGAACCGCCUUUGGUUCGUCAAAUUCCUCUUGAUCCUGGCUUUUGGUACGGCGUUUCAUGCGCCACCCUUGAAUGGCAGUUCCGAACCUCCGGGUGCCAAUCUUUUCAAGCGCGCAAUGACCUUAAUCCCCGACACGAGCUCUCUGUACAAGGACAGUAUAAUAGCUAUCGAAGUGCUAGCCUUGGCUGCUAUGUACCUCUACUCGGCGGACGAGAGAGAAGCAGCAUAUAUUCAACUUGGUCAAGCACUACGCAUCGCCCAACUUGAUGGUAUGCACACGCAGUUGCCGGAGCUAGAUGUUGGUGCUGAGACUGCCUCCUCUUGCCGCGAUCUUUGGUGGACUUUAUACAUAAUGGAUAGGCAUUUCUCUCAAUCUGUCGGGUUACCCAUGUCGGUACAAGAUAGCGACAUCACAACGCCAGUAAACCCUCCAAACCUCGGCUCUCAGAUAGACAGCGCCCGCAGUUUACAGGUAAAUUUGUCCCAUUUACUGUCUGUAAUUCUCAAAACUCUGUAUAGGCCUGAGGUUAUACCAUUAGGUACAUUCCUCGACCAGACGAGGUCGAUAUUGCAUACUCUGGCAUAUCACGCGAGUGAUAUUGAACGGAUUGUUGGAUUUAAAUUUCAGAUGUCUGUUGGAACAAUGCACCGAAGAAUACGUCAUGUGAUCCUGCUUUAUCAUCAGUGUGUUGUAGUUGCCACCAGACCCUUACUUUUGUCUGUCUUGAAAGAAAGACUGAUUACGCUAGGUCGUCCGGAGGAUGACCACUGGGGGCACUUCCUUUCUCAGACAGGGUCAGUCAUUUCUACUGGAAUCAAAUCCGCUGUUAAGAUUCUGGAAGUAUUCACGAGCGAGUAUAGUCUCUUAGAAGCAUUUUUACCAUUCGAUAUCGAGUUCACCUUCGCCGCCGCCCUCCAUCUGACAAUGGCCAGCACUUUGUUUCCACAAGUGAUAAAUUAUGCCGAGUAUCAGCAAUCAUCUCACCUGAUUCUGGAUGACUUGAUGAUGAGAGGCAAUCGAAUUGCAUCUGCGAGACGUGCCGAAUUAGCGCAUCUGGAGCAGCUGUGCCAAGCGCUAACGGCUCAAAUACAACGACAGGGGCACCAGACGCUUCAUCUGCAAAGCCAAGACAUGAAUAUUUUGACAACAAUAGUAGCGGAACGAAGCACAUCAGGGGGUGUAGCCUUGCACAGAGGCCGUGCUGAAGAGAAUAACCUCGCGUCCAUUGCCCCCAAUGCUAGUGCUGACAGAAGCAGUUUUGGAAUGGCGUUAGAAUCGGGUUACCCACUGAGCGGUGAACAAAACGGCACAUCCAUUACUAUGGAUUUUCUGAGUGACAUUGGCAUUUCGUCCGAGGAGUUCAACAACAUUGUGCAGCAGAUCGGGGACCCUGAGACGCUUCCCGAAAGCAUGCUUACCUUGGGAUAACGCUUGUAUUGAUGUACUGUUACUAAUGUCACGAGUUGUUUGAUGUUCAUAGAACCUUGAUAACUAGUUUGACACAUUUGAAGGGCAUUAUGUACAGAU